GCACGCGCUCAAACCGUUUGUUUAUAGGCUCGAGCGCGCACGAGGACUGCAGGGCAGCGCGAGACCGCAGCGUCCGCCGGCAACCAGAGACUAAAUAAUAAACCCGGAAUAAAUAAAUCACACAGGAAGGAGAAAAGAGAGGAAAUAAAGCUGGCAGAAUAAAGGUAAUGUAACAGAGAAGACUCCCUCCACUGUAAGCAGAGGAAACUGGAGAUGAGGGCUGUGGGGUCGGGGAGGACUGGGCCGCUGCUGGCUGUUCUGAUCCAGGUUAUGCUGCCUGCAUUCAGAGCCAGUGAGACCUGGAGCCAGAAUGGACCUCGACUGCAGCUCUCCCAUACAGAAAUGCGAUCGAGGAACAGUUCGGCAGUGUUCUGGCACGGCGGCUCCAGCGGUGGAUAUCAGACGCUGCUGCUGGAUGAAGAUCGAGGCUGGCUCCUGGUUGGAGGAAGAGAUCAUGUGUACAUGCUCCAGGCUGAGAGCCUUACCCAGCCCAUGCGCAAGAUCCACUGGCCAGCUGGAAAGGAACACACUGAGCGCUGCCGGCACGCAGGGAAGAAUCUGUCGACCGACUGUGCCAAUUUCGUGAGGCUCCUGCAGCCGUUCAACAAAACCCACGUGUACGUGUGCGGAACCGGAGCCUACCACCCUCAGUGCACCUACAUUUACCUGGGCCACAGCGUCGAGGAACCUGCAUUUACUCUGCUGACCCACACCGUCGAGUCCGGCCGAGGAAAAUGUCCCUUCAGUCCCCACGAGUCCUUCACCGCUCAACUCACCGAUGGGGAACUGUAUGCAGGGACGUCAGUGGACUUCAUGGGAAACAAUGCGGCCAUAUUCCGCACCUCUGUUCACACCAGCAGUCAGCACUACAUCCGGACUGAGGCGUAUCAUGACUACUGGCUUAAUGAGCCGGAUUUCGUGGGUUCCUACUUCAUCCCGGAUACGCACAGCCUGGACGACGACAAGGUCUACUUCUUCUUUAAGGAAACAGCGGUGGAGUCCAACCAGCAGGACAAGCGCGUCUAUAGUCGAGUGGCCAGAGUCUGCAAGAAUGAUAUCGGUGGGAAGAGGAGUCUGAUUAACCGCUGGAGCACCUUCCUGAAGGCCAGGCUGGUGUGUUCGGUUCCGGGACCCGGAGGCAUGGACACACACUUCGAUGAGCUGGAGGACAUCUUUCUUCUGGAGACCAAAGAUCCACAGAAUCCAGUCAUUUAUGGAGUCUUCUCAACGUCCAGCUCCGUCUUCAGAGGCUCCGCCGUCUGCGUCUACUCCAUGGCCUCCAUCCGAGCCGCCUUCAACGGGCCCUUCGCUCACAAAGAGGGCCCCGACUACCGCUGGGUGGAGUACAAAGAGAAGAUCCCGUACCCGCGGCCUGGAACUUGUCCCAGUGAGACGUACGAUCCGCUGCACAAGUCCACGCGAGACUUUCCCGACGACGUGGUGAGCUUUAUGAGAGGACACCAGCUCAUGUGGGAACCAGUGAUCCCAAUCUACCGCCGUCCAGUGUUCACCCACAUCAACACAUCCUACAGGCUGAAGAAGCUGGUGGUGGACAGAGUGGAGGCUGAAGACGGACAGUAUGAUGUUCUGCACCUGGGUACAGAUGAUGGAAGGGUGCUAAAGGUGGUGUCCAUCCCCAAGGAGAACUUGGAAAUCGAGGAAGUCGUACUGGAGGAGCUCAGUGUGUUUCAGAGCCCCAUAGUCAGCAUGGAGCUGUCCACCAAACGGCAAGUGCUGUUUGUGAGCAGUGACGGGGAGGUGGCUCAGCUGCCGCUGCAGCGCUGUGAGCUGUAUGGGAAGGCCUGUGCUGACUGCUGCCUGGCCCGAGACCCUUACUGCGCCUGGAACGGCUCCACCUGCAGCAGCUACUUCCCCAGUAACAAGAGGCGUGCCCGGAGACAGGAUGUGAGGUACGGGGAUCCCUGGAGCCAGUGUCAGGAUCUGGGAGAAGGCUUUGAGGACGUGGAGCUGAAGACGGUUUAUGCAGUGGAGAGUAACUCUACGUUUCUGGAGUGCACGCCUCGAUCACCACAGGCAGCGGCCAAAUGGGUCAUGCAGCAAAGCCACACCCAGACCACCAGAGAGCUUCUGCCAGGUGAGGAUAACAUCAUCCACACUGGGCGUGGCCUCCUCCUGCAGCACAUCACCUCACUGGACGCCGGUCUGUACCUUUGCACCACUCACGAGCGCUCCUUCUCUCGCACGGUGGCUCGCUACGACCUGCGGGUCAUCGCCGAGCCCAACGCGCUGACCUCCCGGCCGCCCACCAAUCACGCGGCCUCGCCGCUGAGCUACAAGGAGCUGAACCUGAUCGGGGUGAGCGGGCUGACGGCGGACGAGUACUGCGAGCAGCUGUGGUACCGAGAGAAGCGCCGGCAGCAGAAGCUUCGAGCUCUGAAGUGGAAGCAAACCUCAGAAAACCGUAAAGCGCGAGUGCGGCGGCAGAACCCGCCGGACGCUCUCCUCCAGUGAGGAGGAGGAGGAGGAGGAGGAGGAGGAGUUACGGACUUUAGAGGAGCAGAGGGACAUUCGAGGGGGGGGGGUUUGGAAAUGGACUGGAGUGAUCUUUUCUUAUAAACAUGUUAUAUCCUGUACAUGAACUUCACACUUCACACUUCAAUUCUUUACUCCUGUUACAACAGUAUCACAGCAUCACUGUUAAAAUCACACGAGUUUAAAAGGCCUUAAAUUAAAACCCUGUGGGGCUCCACAAGAUACGCUGAACCAAAACCGGUUUUAAAAAACAAUUUACAGUCAAUUCUGCAAUACAAUUACACAUUAAACAGAAUAAUGAUACAAUCUAGAGUUGGAGGUAUUGAUGCAUCAAUCGAUGACACUCAAUAUAUUAUCAAUACUAUCAAUAUUCUUAUUUUCCUGAUGGACCAGGAAUUCAAAGCCCAAGCCAAAAAAUAGCUCUUGGAUUAACGCUCCUGUUUGUUAUGUUCAUUUGUCAGGAACAGAAAUGGUAAUUGUUAAUUAGUUAAUUGGGCCCUAACACACUAAUCAGUGCAAUGCUGAGAAAAAUGACCCAAUAUCCAAAUCAUUUUAAAUGCUCUGUGGUGGUCUAUCACAUACCUGUCAAGUUUUGGUUUUAAAAAUAAGGAAAAUUUUCCAACCAAUUUUCCAAUUUUUCCAACCGAGGUUCAGUAUUCCUCACAUUUUAGGACAGAUUUACAAGAAAUCUAAAAUAACAAUCUGUGAACCACAUACAAACUACAAUCUGAUAAGCCUACAUAUGAUGACACUUAAAUUCUGUGGACAUUACAUAUGUAAUUCUUUAAUACAGCCUAAAUAAAAGCAUAAAAGGAAACUAAAGCACAUUUAAAGAGGAGUAAAAUACGGUAGUUUCCCGGCCAAAACUGUAGACUUGACAGGUAUGCUAUCCUGUGGUUCUAAGUAUUGAAGAACAGGGUGAAAGGAGGAGAAUAGUAAUUGUAAUAAAGUAUACAGAAAAACAGAAACAAUGGAUUAUUUUUAAUCAUUUAAAAGCGUUUCUCACUCUAGAGCUGAACCAAGUUGAACCCAAGCUAAACAGGUUAUUGCAGCUCUUUGGGACCAAUUAGCUCAGAUGCUAUUGUAAAUUUUACAUGAAUCUGUGCUGCCAGAUGACUGAUGCCUGGUGCUAGUCUGAGGGUGAGCUAUUCUUUAAACCGCUGCCUGAUAUUGGAAUAAUCAGAGAUGCUGGAGCGCCGGCUCGGCUGAGGAAGACGUCUCACUCUCUCACGGAAGGAAUAUCAAAGCGUGGAGCAUCUGGGAGAAAUGAGAAGAAGAACAGCAAAGCCUCUGUGAUUCUGUUCGGUUCUGUGAAGACGGUUCCAGAGUUCUCGGGAUAACUGGAGCGCUGGAAAUGGAAAUCUCAUUCCUGUGAUGGUGAACGCUGUGUGAGAAUGGCCUGUAGUUUGGAAAAACAGUGAAAAAGAACAAAGAUUGCGAAUGUGAGACACGUUGGGUUGGUUUCCUGGACAGGGUUUAAGCCUAGUGAAUUGAGAAUUAAAAUUAAAAGUAAAUUAAUUUUAAUUUAGUCUACAGCUAGGCCUAAUUCCUAAGCUCAUGGUUUAAAUCCAUGACAAAUUGCAAAGAUUUCUCAUGAAACCUCAAGAAAAUUACACCCCAUUAAUAGUCUAUUUUAAAUAGCAAAGAUGCUUACAAAUACGUCUUGCCUAUUUUUCGCACUAUAAGGUGCACUUAAAAUCCUUUAAUUUUUCUAAAAAUCGUCAGAGCUCUUUAUAAUCCGGUGCACCGAGACUGGAGCAGUAUUAGCAUUAGCUGCUAACUGUGCUAAUGCUCCAACCUUAGUGCUGGAGAAAUUCAGGAACCUAAGCUUACUGUAAAUAAAGGGAAGUGCUUUACUCACCCAAAUACACAGGAGUUUUCAGGAGAGAAAUCUGUGAAGAUUAACAUCCAGCACUCGUUUGACUUUGUUAAGAAUUACAGUUUUGUUUACUUAGCUUAUCUUUACUUUAGUAAAGUAAGUUACCAAGUAAGUUAACUACCCCACCCCCCAAGCAGUGGUGAGAUCUGCUGAAUUAGAAGGGAAACAUGGCGACACCCCUGUUCCUUACUAGUGUCGCUUAAAAUGUGCCUUAUUACUUAAUACAGUGCACCUUAUAGUGCAAAAAAUACAGUAUGCUGAUGGGCGUGGUGGUAAAUCUCUGGCAUCACCUCUCAUAUGUUCAUUGCUAUCUUAGCAAUAAGCUGAAUAAUAAAUAAAAUAACACUGCGCCGUUAAGAUACGGAAGCGCCAAAGUCAGAGCUCACCUGGUUCCUAAAGAGAAUGAUGAGCAAGAGACAUGCUGAUUGGUUUAUUUAAGGUUAUGCCCAUUAUUUUAAAACACACCCAUGACAAAUUAAGUUUCGAUAGCACACAUCCUACUUUUUACUUUUUACUUUUUACCUUGCGCACAAUAUCUGCUAUAAAUGCAACAUUUCCAUCGUUUUCCACACUGUGUUGAAUUGUAAGGGAUUGUAUUUAAUAUCACUAUAAAUGACUCAAACAGACCUUUGUUUUUUAUACGGCUCAAAAUGCUGUAUACUGUAUAAUGCGUAAUGAUUAUUUGAUAUUUAUCAUAACGAUGAAGACGAUGUACAUGUGUUGCUUCUAAGUUAAGUCUAGUUUAAACAGGUAGUCUCAGUGUCGCACAUUAAGACGUUUAGGAUGUGAUUAAUAACAAUAAGCUGCAGAAGACAAACGAUGUUAUGAGCAGCUGUUCAAGCAGCUGUUUCCCAUCUAGAGCUGGAUUUCAUACUUACUUUAUCAUUUUAUCUCCACUUCUGAUGUGUUAAAUUAAUAUUAUUCAUUAAACUGCUGUAUUUUAUUUUAUUAAACUACAUUUUUCAUCUGUAAGCUCACCGUUCACAGUGUUUUUAAAGCCAUGUGUGUGUGUGUUUAUUAUGGGUUCAGUUUGAUCAGACGUGUCUUGGUUUAAAAUGAGACAUUCACAUGUUUUUGUACAGUUUUUUUGUUUUCUGGUAAAUCUAAAAUGUUUUAAUUCUGUAUAAAACAGUUAUUUUGUGUCAGAUCUAUUAAACCUCUUAUAAUAUUGUGUGUUUAUAUCUGUGUUGCUGAAUAAAACUUUGUUCUAUUAUAAA